AUGAAAACAGUUGGAUACCAGAAGUUAUCAAUCGAUGGCGAUUCGGAAAGAAUCGGUUACGUUUCUUUUCUUUUAUUCCAAUGGAUGAAUAGCAUCUUCGAGAAAGGUAGCAAAGGAAGAAUAGAUGAGAGCGACUUUGAACCACUUUCAAGGGAAAACACCACCGAGGUUUUCACCAAUCGCCUCCAAACAUGCUGGAAUGAAGAAAGAGCUGUUACAAAAGGCAGUGAACAAAGACCACAACUUUGGAAAAGUGUCAUAAAAAUGAUCUCUUUAAAGGAUGCAAUGAUCAUUGUGCUCCUUUACUUGGCAUCCUUACUUUGGCGCCUCUCUAGGCCUUUGUUUCUUGGUUACCUUGUUUCUUCAUUGGUGGAAGCCGAGCCGCAUAAAAGUUUUCUUCUGUACGGUCGUGUAACAGCUAUGGGAAUCUGUGCCUUUAUUGGGGCGACAGCUGUUCAUCACUGUGGGUAUCAAUGUGAUAUGUACGGUAUCGGAAUAAGCAGUGCUCUGAAAGGACUAAUUUACCAAAAGGUAUGCAAUUUAGUUGCCUAUUGAACUUUUCUGACACUGAUAUUACACACAUAACAAACCAUGAGUCCUAACACAUUUGACUAGCCAGCGUCAUGUUUUGGCAGGAUCUACCAUCAAGGUUAGUUACAGGACAAAAUUCUAUACAAUGAUUGCAUAAGAGUUGAGGUCAACGGCCCAAAAUUAUCCUGCAGUUAACUCAUUAAAUGAUCAUGAGGGCUCUCUUCCUUUUUAUCAAUUAUCACUAGCAUGAAGAACAAAACGAUUCUGACUCCUGUCCGUUGAUUGGAGCCUUCGACAUUCGAAUUAGGCUGUCCAGUUCCCUACACCGAAAUACGCCACUGAGAACUUGUCGAUGAGUUGUGCCGUAAACUAGGUUUAUGAGUGUAUGGUUAAAAUUACUUGUACGUUCUCCUUAGCCCAGCCGUGAAGCAUCAAGAGAUCAGAAUGUUUGAAGGUAGAAUUAUCAAACAAGAACCAGAAGUUGGCUUUGUGCCACAUUCCUGACAAAUUGAUGUCAUAAAUAUCUAUUAAAUUAACGGGUACGUUUCCUAAUAAUUAGCGACUAUGAGCUCGAAAGGCUGAACAAAUUUUCUAUUUUCAGAUUCUAAUGCUCAACAAGACUAAGUUAUUGAAAUUUACAACGGGCCGUGUGAUUGACCUUGUAACCAACGAUGUUCAGCGACUCGAAGAGCAUACUGUCAUGUGGGGUGUUAGUGCUCUUUUGGAUUUCUUCCUACUCGUAACUAUUAUAGGGGUACUACUUGUGUAUUUUGUUGGUUGGCAAUCUCUCAUGGGUGUCACAUGCCUCUUUUUGCUUGUGCCAUAUUUCGCUGAGUUAUCCUACGUCUCCGCUGUACUACGCCUGAGGACAGCAGCGUUUUCAGACAGCCGCAUAUCUUUGUUGAACCAGGUUAUUUCUGGGAUUCGUGCCAUCAAAACACAUGCAUUGGAGGAUAAAUUUCGAGAAAAGAUUGAACAAGUUAGAAGGUAAGGAAACAAUAGGUCACAAUUCAUCUCAAGUCGGUAGAGAUACCUGGUACUUGUCACACCUGAAACAGCUUACAUAAUUAAGAAAAUUACAAUAAAGAUUGCCAUGCCAUGCCAAUCCAUACCAUGCUAUAGGAUGCGAUGCCAUGCUUUUAUGACAUUCAAUCUCUAAAUUCCUUUGUUUGCAGGGCUGAAAUUAAUAUCAUCCGUAAAAAAAGUGUUGUCCUUUCAGCGGUUGCCGGCUUGGAAUUCACUGCAGUGCCUUUAGCGAUGCUGGUGUCAAUCAUAACCUUGGUGCUUACCGGUCAGCCUCUUACACCGGUCAAUGUGUUAAUGCUUCUCUCUUUUAUAAAUGCAGCAAGACAAAGUAUCUGCUAUUACGUACCUUAUGGUCUCUUAGCAGUAUACGAGGCUUAUUUUUCACUCAAGAGAAUCGAGGAGUUUCUACUUUUAGAAGAUUUACCCGGUUCGUGUCAUGAUCACUCGAUGAGAGGCACUUUAAACACGAGAGGGAGCACAUUUUAUUUUGACGAUAAAAAACAUCUCCCAGAGCCAGGUACCCUAAUAGUGUCAAUUUUGGUAUCAAAAGAAAAGAUAAGUGCUGACCAGUUCAUUUUGCAAGAUAUAGAAUUUUCGACAGGGCCUCAAACUUUAACAGUCAUCACAGGUCCAGUGGGUAGUGGAAAAUCUACUCUCCUCUCAGCUAUUGCGGGUGAGGUGCCAGUCUCAGAAGGAACAAUAUCCUGGUCAUCUUCCCUUGUUUAUGUGCCCCAGACACCCUGGGUCUUCUCUGGAACAAUAAGAGAAAACAUUUUAUUCGGUCAACCUUACAACCAAGACAAAUAUUCUACAAUCCUGGAAGCCUGUUCUCUUACAGAAGAUGUCAAAAGGUUUCCUAACGCUGACUUAGCAGUUGUAGGUGAACGAGGUGCCGUUCUGAGUGGAGGUCAGCGUGCAAGAGUAAGCUUAGCACGUGCAGUAUACAUGGAUUCAGACCUGUACCUGUUGGAUGACCCUCUGAGUGCCGUAGACAUAAAAGUAAGUCAACAUAUCUUUGAAAAGUGCAUUAAAGGUUUACUAAGUAACAAAACCCGAGUGUUGACGUCUCACCAGGAGCAACACAUGAAACAAGCUGAUAACAUUAUCGUGUUGAACAAAGGACGUGCGCUGGCGAAUGGAGGUUUUUCUGAGCUUCAGGAAAAAGGUUCAUUCAAUAUCAAUCUUAAUCCAAGUUCGAACAAAUCCGUCAGGGAGAGCGAGUCCUGUGUAGAAUCUGUUUUUGAAAAUGAAGAUGAAUCAAAAUUUAAAGAUAGAGCAGUGAUUCUACACAAUCAAGUCGAUGACCUGGAACGAUCAGAAGAAGACCGCAUGACCGGAAGCGUGACACUUAUGACUUAUUGGGACUACCUCAGAAGUGGAUUGCACUCGUCGGCGAUAUUUGGACUUUUCUGUUUGUUUUUCAUCACCCAAGGUGAGUUCAAUAAUUGAUCUCGUGCAAUUCUCAAAUUCCUCCUUUGGAAGUAGGAUUGCCUUAAUACCUGACAAGCACUGAAGUUCAAUACAUUUUUGUGUCAUCGUGACCAAGUUAAUGAUAUGCAAGUUGUCUGUUUCUUUAUUCUCACUGCAGUGUGAUCAAAUCAUGAUAUCCCUAGUGAGGUUGGAAACAGGAUUCUUAUACACAUAAUCAUCUACGAUGUUUAUUUUCACUUCAAAUAAAUAUGACUAGGGCUUUUAUCAUUUUUAAUCACCUCGCAAAUUAAAGACUUCAUAAUUAUGUGAACCUGAUGCAAUUAUAUGUGCAGAGGUGACAAGAUCUACCGGUGUGAUGCCUCGGACCAAACAUGUAAAGAAAUAUGUGAAGAAAUAGAAGUAGGCCUGCUGAAAUCCCACCGUAUAAUUUUCUCCUGCCUUGUGCCACUCACCCACAUCACACAACCAUUAGUUGUAAGAAACAAAGUAUCUAGGAGAGUGAGAAUAAUGCCCCCAGCUUCCACUAUCUCCUCUGGAUGCAUAUUUAUUUACCUUAUUUUUUUACUUAUUUUUCGUAGUAAUGAUCGUUUCUCCUGACGUUUGGCUCUUAUUCUUAACAAAGAAGAGUCAAGAAGAACAGAAGGACACAAUCAACCUAGUUUUCUAUGGCUGUCUUGUGCUUGGAUCUCUCGUUUUCUCCUCUUUCCGCGCAUAUACAUUUCUUUGGACCUCUUUAAGAUGUUCUGAACGCCUUCAUGAUAAAAUGGUUGUAGCUCUCCUAGAAGCACCUGUUUUGUUUUUUGACUCAAACCCUGUUGGAAGAAUUCUUAAUCGGUUCUCUAAAGACGUGGGGUGCUUGGACGAACUGUUGCCGAAAAUGUCUCUUCUAGCGAUUCAGUUGGUCUUGCUAAUGCUUGCCGCAACUCUUGUGCCAACUUUCACCAACUUUUGGGUUCUUUUUGUUGUUGUGCCACUGGCUGUUGUUGUUGCUUACAUCUCCAUGUACAGCUUAAAAACCUCUCGGCAGCUCAAAAGGUUAGAAUCGAUAAACCGUAGCCCUGUGUAUUCACACGUCUCGGAGACUCUCAAUGGGCUGGAGACUAUAAGAACAAGAAGGAGGCAACAAGACUUCGUGGAAGAGCUCUACAGGUACGUUCAAUGUUGAAUUAAUUGUUAUCAUUGAGAUCAGUGAAAUAGCUUUAGACUCAGCAAGCCUCUUUAACUACCACAUAUGCUUCUUAAAAUAUUGAAUGUAGGCGACUUAAUACAGACAGUUAACCACGGUAAGCAGACGGGAGAGGGCUCGUCGCGGUAAGCCAAGCCAUACAUAAAAAAGAAGAUAGUCGUACAUAACUACAAGUCUUAGUGGCAUUUCUUGCCGGGGUAAAAGAAAAAAGGUCAAUUUUGGCUUGUCGUUGAAAAAUUUUGGGAGAUAUUGACAAGAUAUUCCCUAUGAAACAAGCCGAUGAUUGCACCUUUGAAUGCUGUUGUUGUUUUUUUUAACAACUCUAACACAUCAGACUUGAAAGAGUAAAUUAUAUGAAAAAACAAAAAUAUGGAAAACGUAACAAAUUUAGAGAAAUGAAAUAGGUUUGUGGCGUUCUAGUGACAACUAAGCAAAGGAAUCCUUUGGAAUUAGUGUGCCUGAGAUCUGUUAUCCUGAAGUAUCACCAUUUUACUAAGCAAUUUUUCCUCUUUCCAUUCAGAUAUCAAGAUGUUCAUACUCAGUCGUACAUCAUGGUGCUGGCGAGUGCCAGGUGGCUUGGUGUACGAAUGACUUUUCUUACCACUCUUUUGAUUCUUGCGGUGGCUCUAGCUGCAAUCGUGGUGUCUCAAGAUGCUGGUAUGUAUCUGUUAGCUGUAACGGUUCAUCUCCUGAACUAAAUUUACCGUGUUUCGGUCUUUUUUUUUUUUUAAGCUUAACCGAACAGCUCAAAAAUCAUCUUUACAUUUACUUACAAUAUUUUAUCACAUAAACUGCGGUGUUAUACAAGGAUUUCCGGCCCUGAGAAAAGCCAUAACAACACACGUGAAAAAAUAUCGUAUUUUUUUACGUGUGUUGGUAUAGCCAAUCAGCUGCUGAAGCGUCACUCGCCUUUGGCGCCACUCGGUCAGGUUGAUGAAUGAACGGCAAAGCCUUCACGAUUCUCAAUACAAGUUGUUUGUCGGAGCUUUCUCAAAUCAUGGCGGCUAAACACUAAAAAAAUCCGUAUCGCUGACAGACAGUGAGGUUCAAACUUUCCUAGAAAGGGAAGAAAACCAAUAUAUUAAGAGAAAAACCCGAGAGUUUCGUAUUCAGUGGCUUUGGUGUUAGCAUUUCUCUCGGCUGAGAAUGAAAAUCGUCAACUGGAGGAUUUGCCACUGGCCGAUUUUGGCCGUUUACCUGAAAGACUUCUUCUGUCGGUAAGGACAAAGUCAAUUAAUGAGAACUUUGUAAAUUGAAGAUUACGACCAUUGUUGAUUUUGUAAUCAUGUUCAACAUUUUUUUCCAUCUUAAGAGUUAGCGCCAACGCACUCUACGAUUGUUAUUCGGGGAUUGUCGAUUCGUUUUUUUUCAUUCAUUAAUGAAGUCGGCUUUUCUUAUCAGUAAAGGGCUAUUGUGUUUCUAUGAUAAACAAAAUAAUACAUUGUUGCUUGUAGAUAUGGAAUUUCUCUUCUCGUGUUCAACUCGACACCUCACUCGUUCGCUGCGCUCACUAGUGAGCUAAAUACUUGAAGAGAAAUUCCAUAUCUACGCGCGCCCAUGUAUUAUUCUCUAUGUUACAGACGCCACCAUAUUGAAAAACAAUAACCACAGCUUUGUAAUCAUGCCCGUUAGCGCUCACGCAUAGCGUUCAGUUCAAAUGACAAGGACCAAAAGACCCAAACCGCUGGUGUAUAACUUUGCUGAUGCUCGAAUUGGAAUUUAUACGAUUUCGGUGCAGCAAAUUUUGUGAUUUCAUGGCUGUUGCACCAGAGGCAAGCGACCUCGGUUCUAAACAAUGUCAACAGCAGCUAAACAGUAUAAGCAGUACAUGUAUUAAAAUCUUAAGAAUAAUGAGGACAAUUUCAGACAGCUUACUUAACCCUUUGUCACCUCACAACGUAGCCAUUAUAAAAAUGGUGCAGAGAUUACGAUGAAAUAGUCCAUAGAGCUCACUUGUUUUCUUAUUUUGUAUCUACGUAUAAUUGACAUCAAUCAAACUUUAUAACUGAAUGAGUUUUCGUUCAAAAUCCUAUUUCAUUUGCACCAGAAUUCUUCACUUUUUUUAACGGAAGUAAGCUGGACACUAACAUUAUUUCCAUGUUCUUUAUAUGCAAUUUGUAUGUGCUGUUUACUGUCGUUUCCCUCUUUUCAUACGGUAUAUGGAAUUAAGCAUUUAUUUUGUUAUUGAAGGGGUUUUUCUCCUUAAUCACAAGAUUUCUCUUUAAUUCCACUUACUUAUUAAGAGUCUUCGUCUCCUACGAUUUAGAGGCACUUGUGCUCAUUGUUCAAAUAGAUUUCGAAAUUACUUGCCUAACUCCUUCCUGAAUUGUAAGCCACUUGCACUAUUUAUCAUAUCCUAUUUAUUCACAUACUUCCUCAAAACCCCCAUUAACUGACUAGGAAGAAAAACCUUCAAGCUGAUUUGAUCAAAAAUUCUCUCUCACGCACAUCGAAUAAAAGAUAAUUUGAUGCUGAGAGACUGUAAAGGUUACAUCGAAAAAUUUUCUCUCUUUGUUUUCUCCUUUCAUCUUUCUUUUUUCUUUACGUGUUGUUUCUACCACAAUAUAUCGGUCAAUCCUCAUAAGGCUAUUGAUCUGGAAGGCUAUCCUUUGAUCAAAGUAUUUUAUCCACAGCUUUCGCCGGACUGGGGCUUGUUUACGUCAUCGAGACUGUAGAACUGAUGGAUUAUUCUGUUACAAGUAUAUCGGAAGUAGAAAAUCUCAUGACGUCUGCUGAACGAGCUAUGACAUACACCAAACUUGACCAUGAGCCCGGGUACCAAGUGGAGCAGCCUCCCCCGAACAAUUGGCCUCUUGAAGGGAAUAUCACUUUUGAAGACGUGUCGCUGACUUAUUAUCCUAGGGGGCCUCAAGUACUGAAGAACUUUAAUCUUCAUGUAGAAGGAGGAACAAGUAUUGCUGUUGUGGGACGAACGGGGGCCGGCAAGUCAUCUCUAGUGGCAGCUCUUCUGCGUAUGCCAGAUGCCCAAGGUGCCAUAAUGAUCGAUGACGUUCCAAUAAACGAAAUCAACGUUCAAAAGGCUCGACAAUGUAUAUCCGUUCUAAGCCAAAGUCCUUUCCUUUUCAGUGGAUCGUUGAGAGAAAAUCUUGAUCUCGUAGAGCAGUUCCAGGAUGUAGAAUUAUGGCGAGCCUUAGAGAUUGUUCAAAUGAAAGAGCUGGUGGAAAGUUUGGAAGGGAAAUUAGAUCACCAGUUGUUGGAGCAUGGUGCAAACUUCAGUGUAGGAGAACGGCAGUUAAUUUGUUUGGCUCGUGUUCUUUUGCAUAAAAGAAAAAUUGUCAUCCUAGAUGAACCCACUGCACACGUGGAUCCAGACACAGAACAAACAAUUUGGAGGGUAGUGCGAGAGAAACUGAAGGGCUCCACAGUAAUCACCAUAGCUCAUCGACUGAACACCAUCAAAGACUGUGACUUGAUUUUGGUCAUGAAAGAUGGCGAGAUAGAUGAGUCCAACAAGUUUGACUCUUACGCGAAUGCAUGA